AGCUUUUACAACAAGCUGAUGUUGAAUAUAAGAGUGAUGAGAUAGUUAAAGUUGAGAUUUGCUGUAUAAGAAGCAAGCAAUAUAACACGAUUGCAUUAGGAUUAGACGAAAAAGAAACUACUAUAGGCAAACAAUUUUUAGAAAAUCUUAAUGCUUUACUUUGGGAGCUUGAUGAACAUCAUGAGAAAUUAAAAAAUCAGAGAAGUGAAUCAUGGAAUGAGUUUGUUGAAGAAGUUUUUAAAUUAAUUUUAUGUAUUCAAAAAUACAUUAAAUAUCUUGAAAGCAUUAAUGAAAGUGUUAAUACAAUUCAUAAUACUAUGCAGCUUGCAUGA